AUGUCAGUCAACAAAGAGAAAAUUCGAUACAUUUUACAGUUUUUCUUUGAUAAAGGUGAAAAUGCAAGCCAGGCGGCUGAAAUUGUGAAUGGUGUUUAUGGUCCCGAUAACAAAAUAAUCGAAGUUGACCGGCAUGUUAGUAGUCGUAGCAUCGCCCAGGAGUUAAAGAUCGACCAUAAAACAGUUUUAAACCAUUUGCACAAAGUUGGAUUCAAAAAGAAGCUCGAUGUUUGGGUGCUACACCAAUUAACAACAAAAAAUAUGAUGGAUCGAAUUUCCAUCUGCGAAGCCUUGGCCAAACGGAAUGAAAUCGAUCCAUUUCUUAAACGGAUGGUGACUGGAGAUGAGAAAUGGGUCACAUACGACAAUAUUGUGCGAAAACGAUCGUGGUCAAAGCGCGAUGAAGUAGCUCAAAUGGAAUUGCUUCCAUAUGGUCAAACACUAAAUUCGGAUCUCUACUGUCAACAACUGGAACGUUUGAAGCUAACGAUUGACCAGAAAUGGCCAGAAUUGGCCAACAGAAGAGGUGUUGUGUUCCAUAAAAACAACGCCAGGUCACACACGUCUGUAGUGACUCGCCAGAAACUCUGGGAGCUUGGUUGGGAAGUUUUAAUGCAUCCAUCAUAUAGUCCGGACCUGGCACCAAGCGAUUACCAUCUUUUUCUCACAAUGCAAAAAUUCCUGAGUGAUAAGAAAUCGGCAUCAAGAGAAGAUUGUGAAAAUCAAUUACUAGAGUUUUUUGCCAAUAAGGACCCAAGACUUCUAUGA